UUUCUCCCGGACACUGAAGACCUGUGCGAGGUCUUCUGUUCACUCCACCGAUGCCACCAUCAUAGCACAGGCUGACAGGUCUCCCAAGACUGCGAGACCUGCUAUCACAUUGAUCUCAACCAGCACUCCACGACCAUGGCCUCCGUAGACGACGAAGACGAGAGAGAGGAAGAAUUGGGUUCCCUCACUGCCAUCUACCCCGAACUCGUCGUCGAUCAGGACUUCACCGCCACUCUGUCGCUUCCUGUCGCGCCAGCUGCGCCUCUGCUAGUACGAUUUGUGCCACAGUCCGGAUCCACGCCCAACUAUGCCCUCGCCCUGAACAAGUCGCACGUCGAACGCGAUGUCCAUUUGUCGAAUUUACCGCCCCUCGAGCUCCAUGUCGUUCUCCCCAACGAGUACCCCGCGACGGCGCCACCGAAAGUACGUCUCACAGCGCAAUACGAUUGGUUGCCGAAAGAGAAAGUAGCAGCACUGGAAGCUGAAGCUGCGAAGCUAUGGGAAGAGUAUGGAUGUUGUCAGAUUCUUUUCGUCUACAUUGAUCAUCUCCAACAAGCAGCCGAGCGCGCUUUUGAUCUCGCUGACAGUGCCGACGGAUGUCUUGUCCUGCCUGAGACUCACGAAUCGAACCUCGUGAGCUUCGAUGCGCGGACGAAGCUGGCCAUUUUCAAUGCAGGCACGUACGACUGCGGCGUGUGUCUUGAGCCUAGGAAAGGCUGUGCAUGCUACAAGAUGGAGAAGUGCGAGCAUGUCUUCUGUAAGCAAUGUCUACAGGACUUCUACAACAAUGCCAUCAAGGAGGGAGAUGUGGCUGUGAUGCGAUGCUUGGACCCUGGCUGUGGGAAAGACAAAAAGCGAAAGAAGAAGAGCGAGCGGACGUUGCACCCGAGAGAACUGCUGGCUAUGGGUGUCGAGGAAGACAAGGUCAGGAGAUAUGUCGAGAUGAAGAGGAAGAAGAAGUUGGAGGCCGACAAGAAUACCGUCUAUUGUCCACGGAAAUGGUGUCAAGGCCCGGCGAAGAGUGACAAAUAUCCUCUCAUCCCAGCUGAUCUGAACGCUUACGUUGACCCAUCCUCUGACGCCGAAAGCGACGUCGAUGAUGACAACAAAAAGACCAUCCCGACAGUGGCCGCCGAUCCGCCGAAGAAGGUCAACCUGAACAAUAGUCAACCCGAUCCGACUGACAGGCUUGCCGUAUGUGAGAAGUGCUUACUUGCAUUCUGUAAGGUGUGCUACUCAGGCUGGCACGGUAAUUUCGUGCGUUGUUAUCCUCGAGAUCCUAACGAGCUCUCGGUUGAAGAGAAGGCGACAUACGAGUACAUUCGCCUGCACACCUCGCCUUGUCCGUACUGUCAGGCGCCGGUGCAGAAGACAAUGGGCUGUAAUCACAUGUCUUGUUUCAAUUGCAGGACUCACUUCUGCUACCUCUGUGGUUCUUGGCUGGAUGGCGAGAACCCUUAUCAGCAUUUCAACAAAGGCGGGUCACCUUGCUAUCAACGUCUCUGGGAACUGGAAGAGGGUGAUGAGGGGCAAGGUCCCGAAGAUGGAAGAGGUUUUGCAGGUGGCGCGAGAGGUUGGGAACAGCUCGCAAUCGAAGCAGCACGCCAAGCCGAUGAGCAAGCAGCCGCCACAGAAGCCGCUCGGUUACAGGCAGAAGAGGAUGCUCGAGGCCCGAUAUUACACAACGACCACAUACAGCAACAACCGCUCCUCGCCCAACUCGCCCACCUUGACAUCGAAGUCAACUUCGACGACCUCAAUGAUCAAGAGUUAAACCUCCUUGGCAUCCAACGAGCAGAACUAGCCCCAGUACCACAGCCUCAACAUCAUCCACAACAACGUGGUAGAGGCGGCAGAAGAGCCCGCAACCCCUAUCCCCGUGCGCCUGCCAAUGCUGGUCGCGGCGCGGCCCAAGCCGUCCGUGCCCAUGAACGACGACAACCUCGACCCGCGCAAGGCCGCAACCGACCACGGGCAGUCGGAGUCGAUGCCAACGCGGAACAACAGGACGACGUACGAGAUCGCCAACAACAGGAAGAAUUGGAGAGGUUCAUCGAAUUGGCGAGGCGGGACCAGGAGGAUGAUUGGGAUAGUGAUGGGUUGGCAGACGACGAUGGGGAGUUUGAGAUUCGAUGAUGCGAAUGAGAGAUGGUGGGUGGUGGUGGGCGAACAGAGAUGGGUCGUUGUGCUACAGGUCUGAUGGUAAUUGAGAGUGGAUGAAGAGACGACGAAGCCAGCGCUCUGAGAAAUGAAUUCAUGAACAAAUCCUAAUAUACGCC